AUGCCGCGCGGCUUCCUCGUCAAGCGGAGCCGGCGGCCCGGCGGCUCCUACCGGGCGCGCCCUCGGGAGCGGGACCCGCCGCCCGCCCCGCCGCCGCCGCCGCCCGCCGCCGUCGGGGGCAGCCCCGCCGCGCUGCACGAGGAGGAGGAGGAGGAGGAGGGCGAGGAGGAGGAGGAAGGCGCCGCCGCUGCCGUUUGCCCCGCGCCCGCCGCGGCGACGUGGCGGCCCGGCGGUGUCGGCGGCGGGAGCCCCGGGCGCGCCCCGCCGGAGGCGCCGUCGGGCUGGGGGGCGGCGGGGCCCGGCGGCGCCGCGGGGCCCCGCGCCGCGUUCUUCGAGCGGUGCCUCAGCUCGCCCGCCUCCGCCGAGUCCUUCCCGCUGGCCGCCUCCUUCCCGCCCGCCGAGAAGCUGCUGCUGCAGCCCCGCACGCCGCUGCCCGCCCCGCCGCCGCCGCCGCCGCCGAGCCCCGCGCUGAAGCGGCCGUCGCGGGCCAAGGCGCCGGCCAAGAAGGCCAAGGCCACGCGGAAGCUGAGCUUCGCCGACGAGGUGACCACCUCGCCCGUGCUGGGGCUGCGCAUCAAGGAGGAAGGGCCCGAGGGCCGCCCGGGGCCGCCGCCGGGGCCGCCGCCGGCGGGGCGCACGCCGCUGGGCGAGUUCAUCUGCCAGCUGUGCAAGGAGCAGUACGCGGACCCGCUGGCGCUGGCGCAGCACCGCUGCUCGCGCAUCGUGCGCGUCGAGUACCGCUGCCCCGAGUGCCACAAGAUCUUCAGCUGCCCCGCCAACCUGGCCUCGCACCGCCGCUGGCACAAGCCGCGGCCCGGCCCCAGCGCCGCCGCCUCCGCCGCCGCCCCGCCGGGCAAGGAGAACAGCCCCGAGCGGCCGCCCCGCGCCGCGCCCCCGCCGCCGCCGCCGCCGCCGCCGCCGCCCCGUCAGCACCGCGGCGGCGCGGACAGCGCCGGCCCCGACGGCCCGGACGGCGCGGCGGCGGCGGCGGCGGCGUUCGCGUGCCCCUGCUGCCAGAAGCGGUUCCGGCGGCAGGCCUACCUCCGCAAGCACCUGGGCACGCACGGGGCGGCGGCGGCCCGCGGCCCGGCCCCGCGGGGGCCGCUCGCCUUCGCCUGCCCGCUCUGCGGGGCCCGCUUCCCCUCGGCGGACAUCAGGGACAAGCACCGGCUGUGGCACGCCGUGCGCGACGAGCUGCUGCUGCCCGCGGCGCAGCCCGCGGCCGGCGCCGAGCCGCAGGGCUUCCCCUGCAAGCACUGCCCCGCCACCUUCUUCAGCGCGCCGGGGCUGGCGCGCCACGCCACCAAGUGCCACCCGCCCGAGGGCAGGCAGGUCCUGCUGCUCCAGCUGCCCGUGCGCCCGGGCUGCUAG